AUGAAUGAUACCCAAGACAUAGAAAAAUUAGCUAAAAUUCAUGAACUUAUAAAUGAAGUAAUAUUUUACCUUAAUUUACUCCAGUUUCUUGAAUAUUAUCACAUGGAACAAACGAAAGAGAAUCUUUCGUCCGAGUGGAAUAAAACCACUAAAGAAAGGCUUGGUUUCAGUGAGGAAUGGAAAACCGAUUUGGUCAAAUAUUUUGAAGAUGGAGAGAGCAAAGAUUUUCAUACAAUUUGGCAUGAUCACUUUGAUUUCAGCGAUAAUAUGAAGGAGCUUCCUCUCGAAUUUUACUUGCAACUGUAUUUUAUUACGGUGAACUGGGAUUCUGAUUCUGAAAACAUCCGUAAAGAGCGAAUUGACCAAUUUCGGGAAUUCCUCGAUACAAAGGGCAAGGCUCUCAGUCAAAUAUCUGAAUUCCUACCUUUUUACGCAUUUCCAUAUGUCGAACAACCGAAAUCUCACCCUGUUUAUAUGCAACUAUUUGAUCCAAAUUGGAAAUUAGAUUUGAAGAAAAAGUUGCUUACUCUUCUUGGUCCUAAAGAAGAGGAAAUAUAUCCAUUUCCUAAACUAUUUUCACUUUUAAACUCUCAAGAGGAAGUUUCAAAUAAUCAUGAAAAACAACUGCAGAACCGCCUUGCUGACGCUGAAAGACGUGCAUUUCAAUUUCGCCAGCGUUUCAACAAGAUCCAAGAGGACUAUCAGAGUCUCAUUUGUAUUACCUCGGAUCUUGUCGAUACAUUAGAAGGAGUUCUCCGUGGAGAACAUAUCGAACCCGACGCACUCCAGAAAAUAUGCUGCCGUCUAGUUGCUUCCCAACGUCCUACAAUAAAUAAAAAUGCUGCUCUAGGCAACGCAGAGAAUGGUACCUUUAAUGCAUCAUCUAAAUUUGACUACUGUGACUCCCUUCGUCAGUCUCUUUCUAUUCGCAUACCCCAAGAAAAUCCAGGAUUAAAACAAGAUUGGGGCAUCGCCGAAUUGGAUUAUAAAAAGAUAAAGGAAGCACUAAAUGGUUCGAAUCAGACACAAAUCUGGCGCCUUUUGCAGGCUUUACGUUGGCGUCUAACCAAAACAAAUGUCGAACUACGCGAGGCCUAUCUCACCGAGUUCAUAGGCCACGAUCUUCUUGAUUUGACGCCAUGGAAUGAAGACAAUCGACAACGGCACCAUUUGAGCAUGCUCGAGCACUGUCUUUGUGAAGUAUCACCAAAAGUAACCGAAGCAAGUGCUCGAUUGGUAAAUGCUCUAGCUUCCCUUUCUCGUGGACGAGCCUAUCUUGCACAGAAUACGGCAGUGGUCACUUUGCUAACUCAACAAAUCUUCCAUUUGGAAGGUGAUGAAGAAACGUCAACUAGAGAGAACUUAAUUGGCGCUCUUCAAAAACUUAGUCUCAGACGUUCAAUGCAGACGAAGAUGACAGAAAUGGGCAUGGUGGAAUGGCUAGUUAAUUUACUUGAAGACACAGACAGUCUCUCUGACUACACCCUUGAAUAUUCUGUUGCACUGCUCAUGAAUCUCUGCCUUCGUAUGGACGGUAAGAAACGAUGUGCCCCAAUGGCCAGUCGAGUGCUCAAAGUUUUGACAGAUUUAAUAAACCACGAAAACACAAACAUUCUUUCCUACGUAAAUGGCGCGCUGUUUUCCCUACUCACACUACCAGAAUUGCAAGUAGCUGCUGAAGCAAUGGUAACAAAUUUUUAUUGA